UUUUUUUUUUUUACUCUCUCUUUCUCCUUUUCUUUUUAACAUCUUUAUUUUAUUUUCUCCUUUCUGUAAUGACAAUCUCGGUCAAUUCAACAAAAGAUAAAUUACAACAGUACAAAACUAAACUUGUCAUGGAAGAAAAUAAUUCGAUAUCAAAUCAAAUAAAAAAAUCCUCUUUAUUAUAUUUCGAAAAGAAAAAUUUAAUUGAACAAGAGAUUAUUAAAGAAGGAAAAGGAAAGAACAAUAUUUAUUUACAAAUAGAAGAAAGAAAUACAUCAAGACUAUGGCAUGAAGAAGAUAUAGAAGAAACAAUAAGUAUUACUUCAUCCAAUCAUAACUCAUUCUCUGAAGAAGAUGAGGAAGAGGAGGAGGAAGAAGAAGAAGAAGAAGAAGGAAAUUCCUUUUCGACUACUUGUAAUAAUAAUCUUAUACUAGAAGCCCAUGAUUCAUUAUCACCAGAACAUAAAAAUUAUGGAAGAUAUAUAAAAAUAAAAACAAAGCGUAAAAGACAUGAUCCAGCAUUUUCUAAACUGAUGCUAGUACAAACGAUUUCAACUUCUCAUCAUAAAUAUGAUACACUAUCAGCAUCACAUUCUCAUCAUGACAUAAUGAAUGAUCAUCGUAAACUGUCUGAUAUCUUGACUGAGCCUGGUUCAAAUUAUCCUUAUGGAGCAAUUUGGGUACUUCGGUUUAGUAAAGAUGGUUGUUAUUUAGCUUCUGCCGGACAAAAUUGUGUUAUUUGUCUUUGGAAAGUGUUAGACGAAUCUUAUGAUAAUAAUAAUGGCCAUUCAAUCAACGUCCUAGAUGAAGCACCCUUUAUGGAGUAUACAGGACAUGAAGCUGAUAUUCUUGACUUGGCCUGGUCAAAGAACAAUUUUUUAUUAUCAAGCUCAAUGGAUUAUACAGUAAGGCUAUGGCAUACAUCUCAAAAGGAUUGUUUAUGUGUAUUUAAACAUUUGAAUUUUGUAACCUCUGUUGAGUUUCAUCCUAAAGAUGAUCGUUAUUUUCUUUCUGGGUCCAUGGAAGGCCGAAUUCGAAUUUGGAGUAUACCAGAAAAACGGGUGGCAUUUUGGAAUGAAAUACCUGAUAAUAAAUAUCCAACAGCAAUUGGAUUUACAUUAGAUGGUAAGACUGUCAUUGCAGGUUCACAGGAUGGUUAUUGUUAUUUCUUUGAAACACAAAACUUAAAGUUUAUAACACAAAUCAAUGUAAUGAAUAAUUAUGGUGGUCAUCAUCAUCAUCAUCGAAGGCUUACCAAAAGGGGCCCCAAGAUUACAGGUAUUGAAGCCAUGCCUGGGAUGCCACCAGGAGAUGAAAAAAUUUUAAUCAGUAGCAAUGAUUCCAAAGUAAGAUUAUAUAACUUGAAGGAUAAAAGUUUGAUUUUUAAAUAUAAAGGAUUAGAAAAUACAUCACUCCAAAUUAAAGCUACUUUUAGUGAUGAUGGAAAAUAUGUUAUAAGUGGUUCUGAGGAUUGUCAUGUUUAUAUUUGGCAUACAGAACAAACUAAUAUAUCAUCUUUAAACCAAGGAGGUUCAAGAAAUGAUAAAUAUAUGUUAUCAGAUUUUGAUAAUCAACAAAUCCCAGUCUUAUCAACUCAUAAACUUACAUCCUCUUUACAUCAACAGACUCGUAUAUCGAAAUGGUUAGCAAAAAAAAGACAAGAAAGACACCAAACUGAUAAUUCUAAAACACAUGAUCGAGCUGAGUAUUUUGAAGCCCAUGAUUAUGUUGUUACAACAGCCAUUUUUGCUCCUACAAAGACAAGACAACAGAUAGCAAGAACGAAACAGGAUAGGGGGGUAGUCCACAAUCACACUGUACUUUCUAAUUUAGAAAAAAGUCCUAGUCUUCAUGGUCAACAAGAAGAGACAACAUCAUACUCUUCUGAAGGUCAUAUCAUGGUCACUGCAGAUUUUCGGGGUUUCAUAAAAGUAUGGCGCGUUGGUUCUGGUUAUUAUCAUGAUAAAAAGAGGAUCACCACUACAGAUUUUUCUUCUUCUUUUAAUAUUCAUGUUUCAUCCCAAAAUGGUGAAUCACAGCAUAAUAAACUCUCCUCAUCGCCUAAAAUUCAUAGAAACUUUGGCUUAUUUAAUACUUUUCGAAAUGUACAAUAAAAUAUAUAAAUAAAUAAAUAAAUGUAUAUAUAGUCUCUUGUUUUAUUUAUAUAUGUCUAAAUGAUAUACAUAAU